CUUCUAUUUAUAAGUCACAUACGUGGCCAAUCUCUUCACCACAUCUUCUUCCUCAAUUACCAUAAACUAACACACAUCAAAAGCAGAGUGUUGUGUGUUUUCAAAAGACGCACUUCCCGCGUCUUUCCAAGCCCAUUUUUGUUUAUUUGUUGUUAGUCUUCAAUAAUUUAGAAACCCAAAUGAUUCGUUUCGUCCCCUGCACCAAAACUUAUGAAAAAAACAAUAUUAGGUCAAAGGUGUCAUCAUCGAAGGUCUAUUAUUGAUUCAAAGAAGGAAGAUGGAUCCAUCGUCGAGUUCGAGAGCGUGGCCGAUGCCGAUGCCGAUGCCAAUGGAAGGAUUGCAAGAACCAGGGCCAGGUCCGUUUCUGACAAAGACUUUCGAGAUGGUGGACGAUCCAAACACAAACCACAUUGUGUCGUGGAACAGGGGAGGCAUUAGUUUUGUCGUGUGGGAUCCACAUUCUUUCUCCGCGACUAUUCUUCCUCUAUACUUCAAGCACAACAACUUCUCCAGUUUCGUCAGACAACUCAACACUUACUUCUGGAGGACCUCGACGAAGCGUUCGGCCUCCAGUUACUGCGAAAUGGGAUUCAGAAAGAUUGAGGCAGAGAGAUGGGAAUUUAUGAAUGAAGGUUUCUUGAUGGGACAGAGAGACCUUCUCAAAAGCAUCAAGCGACGAACCUCCUCCUCUGCUCCUCCCUCGCUCCAUCACUCUCAAGGCGACCCCUGCGUCGAGCUGCGGCAAGAGAGGCAUGUUCUGAUGAUGGAGAUCUCGAGACUCAGACAGCAGGAGCAGAGAGCGAGAGGCUAUAUCCAAGCCAUGGAGCAGAGGAUCGAUGGAGCAGAGAGGAAACAGAGACAUAUGAUGUCUUUUCUGAGGCGUGUCGCGAAGAACCCCGCUCUUCUGCAGCAGCUACUCGAGCAGCAGAAGAAAGAACUAGAGGAGGCUUCGAUGGAUCAGGUCAAACAGGAGACGGUGGGACACGUUUCGGAGCUGGAUGCUCUGGCACUAGAGAUGCAAGGACAUGGACGUCAACGGACUGAGGAGGUGGAGAGGGAACUCGACGACGGGUUUUGGGAAGAACUACUAAUGAACAAGGAUGAAGAUGAUGAAGAAGAGGCGAAUGUGAACACAUGUUAACUAGGUUCUUGUUCGAACCUAGUUAUCAAUAAAUUAAUGAAAUACAAAGGAGAUGUAUAAUAUUUAUAAUAGUA